AUGAAGAAGAUGACCGAAUAUGGGUCGACCCCAUUUCUUUUCUGGUUCUCUUUCUUGUGUUUGCUUCAUUCUCUUCCUGUCUACUCUGCCAAAUCCUCACAUCGUAGAUUCCCAUCUUUACUGAUAUCCCCAGAAGAAAAAAUAUCACUUUCUGCUCGUCAAAACCAACUUUACACAACCAAAUACUUCACCCAAGUCCUUGAUCAUUUCAACUACCCCAAGAGCUACGAAACCUUCCAACAUAGGUAUUUGAUAAAUGAUACGUACUGGGGAGGCGCCAAGAGCAAUUCUCCAAUCUUUGUUUACACUGGUAAUGAAGGUAACAUAGAAUGGUUUGCGGAGAACACUGGUUUUCUGUAUGAGACAGCUCCCCAUUUUAAAGCCCUCAUCAUUUUCAUCGAGCAUCGGUUCUAUGGAAAGUCUUUACCUUUUGGGGGCAAGAAAGAUGUGGCUUAUAGCAAUGCAACUACACUGGGAUAUCUAAGCUCUACACAAGCCUUGGCAGAUUAUGCUUCCUUAAUUAUUGAUUUGAAGAAGAAUUUGACAGCAACUGACUCUCCUGUAGUGGUUCUUGGAGGUUCCCAUGGAGAAAUGCUAGCAGCAUGGUUUAGGUUGAAAUACCCCCAUGUUACAAUUGGAGCUUUGGCAUCAUCUUCUCCCAUCCUCAAUUUUAAUAACAUAACAUCUCCAGAAAGCUUCAACAAUAUAAUCACUAAGGACUUUAUGAGUGAGAGUGAAAGUUGUUACAAAGUGAUCAAAGGCUCAUGGCAACAGAUCAAAGACACCGCAAAACAACAUGGAGGGCUUGAGCUACUCCAGAAAUCGUUUAAAUUAUGCAAGAAUAUUAUCAGCGUAGAUGAUCUUCAGAAUUGGCUUGAAUCCGCUUUUAUAUACACAGCAAUGACUGAUUAUCCUACUCCCUCAAAUUUCAUGACUCCUGUGCCAGCAUAUCCAGUUAAACAGAUGUGUAAGGCAAUAGAUAAUCCAGCAACAGGAAAUGAUACAUUUGCAAAGUUAUAUGGUGCAGUUACCGUCUACUAUAAUUACAGUGGCACAACUACGUGUUUCGAUCCUGAUGAUAACUCAGAUCCUCACGACCUCGGAGGAUGGGAUUGGCAGGCAUGUACAGAGAUGAUAAUGCAAACAAAUGGCAACGAUAAGGAGAGCAUAUUCCCACCUUCUGAGUCGCAAUACAAAGAUCAAGUCUCUUAUUGCAAAGAGGCUUAUGGCGUUGAACCUAGGCCUAAUUGGAUCACCACUGAGUUUGGGGGCCAUGACAUCAAGAGAGUUUUAAGGAGAUAUGGGAGCAACAUUAUCUUCUUUAAUGGGUUAAGAGACCCUUGGAGUGGUGGAGGGGUGUUGAGCAACAUUUCCAAGAGGAUAGUAGCAAUUGUUGCAAAAGAAGGUGCUCACCAUGUUGACUUGAGGUUCAAAACUAAUGAAGAUCCAGAAUGGCUUAAAGAUGUCAGGAAGCAAGAGGUCAAGAUCAUUGCAAAGUGGAUCUCAGAAUAUUAUCAUGACCUUGCUGAUAAACAUUAG